AUAUCAUGUUUUAUUGACUUUUGAUGUGACUUCCAUGGUAGAACAGGUGGAUCAAAACAACAGGAUGAUUGACAAUCUUGUAGCUCUAAAACCAUGGAGAACUUAACUAAGACAGAGUUCAACAGCUCAAAUUCGUACGUGUACCCAUACUCAACAACGUGGCUUGUGAUCGUUCCUCUAAUAAUUUCUCUCAUCAUUUCAGUAACAGUCGUCGGAAACUUGCUGGUAAUUGUGGCAUACAUUCAAGAUCGCUGCAUCCGUUUGAAGGUAGCGAAUAUAUUCAUCCUGAACCUCGCCAUCACGGACUUCAUUGUCGGCGCAUUUAUGUGGCCCGUCAUGAUCUCCUGGCUCAUCAAGGAUACGUGGGUCCACGGUGAGAUCAUUUGCAAAGUGUGGUUGAUAGUUGACUACACCGUAACGACAAUGUCCGCCCUAACCCUCUUGAUGAUAAGCUGGAACCGUUACUGCUUGUUCUCAUCGGCCGUCACGCAGCGGGUGUUUCGGACGAAGAAGCGAGUUGGAUUGAUGAUCCUAUCCAUGUGGACCUGCGUUAUUCUGGGCUACUCGUUCCUGGCGUUCGGCUUCAGUCCGUUGACAGGACAGUACACCAUUGACUACACGUAUAACUGCGAGCUUGAAUUCACUUCCAAUAUUAUUGUUACCCUGGUAGUCAAUAUAUUGGAAUUUUUCAUUCCGUUCACGCUCAUUGUUAGCAUAAAUAUAGCGAUUUAUAAGAAUAUCAAGAGAAGAUCUAGGGGCAAAAUAGGACCUGGUCACGGUCACCCACUUGAAAGGCCCACCAUAGAGUACCCAGAAGAUGAAGAACGGGCUCCUGGGAUCCGACGAAGCCUGAACCAGCAGAAUUCUUUGAAUGCUACACCUAAAAAUGUUCCAUUACCCCUGUGGUUACUUACAGGGCCUCACCCAGAGGAAAAUGUGCCUUGCAGAGCAACCCGAAACCGCAUCGAACCUGAUAGACCAAGAUUGACCAGGCAUCGGAAAUCCGCAGUAGUCCUUGCUAUACUGACUGGCUGUUUCCUUGUAUGUUGGGUGCCUUUUCAGAUCUCAAGUGCCAUGUUUGCAAUUUGCGGCCACAAGUGCGUGUCAUACCUGAACUGGGAGAUCACGAAUGCACUUGUGUGGGGUAACUCCAUGAUCAACCCUUUCAUUUAUGCAGCGACAAACAAGCACUUCCGAUGUAAAUUUCGAGAGAUAUUACUUUUCAAUAGAUGGGUUUGUAAUAUAAAGCACUGCAACAUCACUCCAGGCUGAAGAUAUUCAUAUCUCAAUAAAUAGAGUAAAAUUCACGGAGCAAAAUGCUGAAAAUUUCAUCAAAAUCGGAUAACA